AUUGGAAGCAGGUAGGGAAAAUAAGUGCUUUAAUUCCUAGGAUUUUGGAAGUAAAAAUGGAAGGCCAGACAAAAAUGGAAUUUUGAGGCAAAUGUAAAGCUUUGAACUUGGAUAUCUCAAAGUAUUAUACAGUGUAAACUAUCAUGAUUAUUAACCAACUAUAAAUAGUUCUUUUCUUUUUUUAAAUUUUAUUUUUAAUUUUAGAGAUAAGGGUCUUGCUAUGUUGCCCAGGCUGGAGUGCAGUGGCUACUGACAGGCAUGAUGUGGCACUGCAGCCUGGAACUCUUGGGCUUAAGUGAUCCUUCCUGCUGCUUCUAAGAAAAAAAAAAAAAAGUUACGCUUGCUUGUUAAAAUAUUUUUAAAAUGCUGUGUUUAAACUAAAACGUAAAUAUCCGCCCCACCUCUGACUUCUAAAAAUUAUCGAGAGUAUGACUGAUAAGAUUUUUACCUUUUCAUAAGCCUAACAUUUGUGUUCAUUUCCAACAACCAAAGUGUGUCACUUUUAUACCAGAAUUUUGUCCUGCUUGUACGCUUACUACAGACCUCUCAUGGGAGAGAGCAUCCAUGCAUUUAUAAAUUGUUAUUGAAUAAUUUUAUUGAAUGAUGACACCCAAACUGAGCUAGAACAUCUUUUGUGUGAUCUUGGAUAAGUCACUCUACUUUCCUUUCAAUUUUCUUUUCUCACAGGGAGAUAAAAAUCAUAAAAACGACUGUAAAGUACAGCACUUCAUAGAGUGCUUUUUGUUUAAAGAGCUGACAAUAAAUACGAGUCACAAGGUCUAGCAAAACCUCCCUCAGAACCCAAGCUGCUUGAGGACAAGGGAUUUUCUUGUUCGGAAACAGCAGUACCUUAUUUGUGUAUCUGUGAUAGAGUUCCUGGUACAUAAGAAGAUAGAGUUCCUGGUACAUAUUCUCAAUAAAUAUGUGAAUUUAUUGACUAUUAGGCAGAUUGCAAUCUUGACAGGCCACUGCCUCUUAAAUCUCUUUUCUGUGAUCUUUUAAUAUUUAACAUCUAAAAGGCCGCCGCUACUUGUUUUGGGAUAAGUGUCCCCGGUAUGUACUUUAAAAUGCCCAAGCCUUGAGAAAUGAUUCUUGUCUUCAGGGCACCAUUUCGCUUUCCCACCGUAAAGCGCCCCAGGCUUGGGAUCUGGGUCCCAAGGCUACAGGGAAGAGUUUGGAACGGGAAGCUCAUCUUCCGGCCCUCUGAUUGGCCGGCUCGCACUCCACUCACGCGGCGCGCGGCUCUGAUUGGCCUCGGCGGCACCCCUCGGCCCGCGACUACUUUGUGUGCUGGGGCGGCGCGCUCAGGUCCUCCCGCUCAGCUGGCGGUCUGGGCUGCUCUGAGGCAGCCCUUCGGCCCACUGCUCUGCAUCGCGGGCGCCGGGAAUUUUCCGAGUCCGAGCGGGUUGCUGCUCUUGCUCAGAGGAUAUCAAUGACCCUAAUGGUCUUUUUGUUCAAGAUAAAGUGACUUAUUGCCUUUGUUGAUUAACUGGACAAAUUCAGCAUGUAGAGUCCAUGAAGUACAGGACAAUAAAGCUUCCUACACAUAUCACCAGAAGGAUCUCUUUGAAAGAUUCACCACAGGACUACCAGAGAGAAUAAUUUGUCUGAAGCAUCAUGUGUUGAAACAACAGAAGUCUAUUCACCUGUGCACUAACUAGAAACAGAGUUACAAUGUUUUCAAUUCUUUGAGCUCCAGGACUCCAGGGAAGUGAGUUGAAAAUCUGAAAAUGCGGCCAUGGACUGGUUCCUGGCGUUGGAUUAUGCUCAUUCUUUUUGCCUGGGGGACCUUGCUAUUUUAUAUAGGUGGUCACUUGGUACGAGAUAAUGACCAUCCUGAUCACUCUAGCCGAGAACUGUCCAAGAUUCUGGCAAAGCUUGAACGCUUAAAACAGCAGAAUGAAGACUUGAGGAGAAUGGCCGAAUCUCUCCGGAUACCAGAAGGCCCCAUUGAUCAGGGGCCAGCUAUAGGAAGAGUACGCGUUUUAGAAGAGCAGCUUGUUAAGGCCAAAGAACAGAUUGAAAAUUACAAGAAACAGACCAGAAAUGGUCUGGGGAAGGAUCAUGAAAUCCUGAGGAGGAGGAUUGAAAAUGGAGCUAAAGAGCUCUGGUUUUUCCUACAGAGUGAAUUGAAGAAAUUAAAGAACUUAGAAGGAAAUGAACUCCAAAGACAUGCAGAUGAAUUUCUUUUGGAUUUAGGACAUCAUGAAAGGUCUAUAAUGACGGAUCUGUACUACCUCAGUCAAACAGAUGGAGCAGGUGAUUGGCGGGAAAAAGAGGCCAAAGAUCUGACAGAACUGGUCCAGCGGAGAAUAACAUAUCUUCAGAAUCCCAAGGACUGCAGCAAAGCCAAGAAGCUGGUGUGUAAUAUCAACAAAGGCUGUGGCUAUGGCUGUCAACUCCAUCAUGUGGUCUACUGCUUCAUGAUUGCAUAUGGCACACAGCGAACACUCAUCUUGGAAUCUCAGAAUUGGCGCUAUGCUACUGGUGGAUGGGAGACUGUAUUCAGGCCUGUAAGUGAGACAUGCACAGACAGAUCUGGCAUCUCCACUGGACACUGGUCAGGUGAAGUGAAGGACAAAAAUGUUCAAGUGGUUGAGCUUCCUAUUGUAGACAGUCUUCAUCCCCGUCCUCCAUAUUUACCCUUGGCUGUACCAGAAGACCUCGCAGAUCGACUUAUACGAGUGCAUGGUGACCCUGCAGUGUGGUGGGUGUCUCAGUUUGUCAAAUACUUGAUCCGCCCACAGCCUUGGCUAGAAAAAGAAAUAGAAGAAGCCACCAAGAAGCUUGGCUUCAAACAUCCAGUUAUUGGAGUCCACGUCAGACGCACGGACAAAGUGGGAACAGAAGCUGCCUUCCAUCCCAUUGAAGAGUACAUGGUGCAUGUUGAAGAACAUUUUCAGCUUCUUGCACGCAGAAUGCAAGUGGACAAAAAAAGAGUGUAUUUGGCCACAGAUGACCCUUCUUUAUUAAAGGAGGCAAAAACAAAGUACCCCAAUUAUGAAUUUAUUAGUGAUAACUCUAUUUCCUGGUCAGCUGGACUGCACAACCGAUACACAGAAAAUUCACUUCGUGGAGUAAUCCUGGAUAUACAUUUUCUCUCUCAGGCAGACUUCCUAGUGUGUACUUUUUCAUCCCAGGUCUGUCGAGUUGCUUAUGAAAUUAUGCAAACACUACAUCCUGAUGCCUCUGCAAACUUCCAUUCUUUAGAUGACAUCUACUAUUUUGGGGGCCAGAAUGCCCACAACCAAAUUGCCAUUUAUGCUCACCAACCUCGAACUGCAGAUGAAAUUCCCAUGGAACCUGGUGAUAUCAUUGGUGUGGCUGGAAAUCACUGGGAUGGCUAUUCUAAAGGUGUCAACAGAAAACUGGGAAGGACGGGCCUAUAUCCCUCCUACAAAGUUCGAGAGAAGAUAGAAACGGUCAAGUACCCCACAUAUCCUGAGGCUGAGAAAUAAAGCUCAGAUGGAAGAGAUAAACAACCAAACUCAGUUCAAACCAUUUGAGCCAAACUGUAGAUGAAGAGGGCUCUGAUCUAACAAAAUAAGGUUAUAUGAGUAGAUACCCUCAGCACCAAGAGCAGCUGGGAACUGACAGAGGCUUCAAUUGGUGGAAUUCCUCUUUAACAAGGGCUGCAAUGCCCUCAAACCCAUGCACAGUACAAUAAUGUACUCACAUAUAACAUGCAAACAGGUUGUUUUCUACUUUGUCCCUUUCUUUCAAUGUGUCCCCAUAAGACAAACACUGCCAUAUUGUGUAAUUUAAGUGACACAGACAUUUUGUGUAAGACUUAAAACAUGGUGCCUAUAUCUGAGAGACCUAUGUGAACUAUUGAGAAGACCUGAACAGCUCCUUACUCUGACGAAGUUGAUUCUGAUUUGGUGGUGGUAUUGUGACCACUGCAUUCACUCCGGUCAACAGAUUCAGAAUGAGAAUGGACGUUUGGUUUUUGUUUUUGUUUUUGUUUUUUUCCUUUAUAAGGUUAUCUGGUUUUUUUUUUUUUUUUAAUAAUUGAUUGCAUCAGUUCAUUGACCUCAUCAUUAAUAAGUGAAGAAUACAUCGGAAAAUAAAAUAUUCACUCUCCAUUAGAAAAUUUUGUAAAACAAUGCCAUGAACAAAUUCUUUAGUACUCAAUGUUUCUGGACAUUCUCUUUGAUAACAAAAAAUAAAUUUUAAAAAGGAAUUUUGUAAAGUUUCUAGAAUUUUGUAUCAUUGGAUGUUACGAUGAUCAGCCUUAUGUGGAAGAACUGUGAUAAAAAGAGGAGCUUUUUAGUUUUUCAGCUUAUUUACUUUGUUUUUUUCCUGUUUCUGAUAUAGUAACUAAUUCUUAACUCAGAGACAUUGGUCGAUUUUAAUACUGAAAACCAGUUUUCAUUGGUACUCAUUACAAAAUUGCUAAGAACACUCUUUGGGAGCUUUCAUUCUCUUAUUUUGGACAUUGUUUUAAUUGAGUGAAAUAAUCAUAACUCCUUGCUCCCAGAGAAGCUAUCACCUCCAUUUCUAAAACGAUUACAGGUUUGUUUGAUAGUCUUUCUUAAUGUAUUUAUUAUCGCUUUUUGUGAGUAGGGUCCUGUUUUAUCCAGGAACCAAUUUCUGCCCUGGCCUAUCAUGCCCUGCUUUUGAGAGUACCAGGUGUCUUAGGCACUGGGAAACUGGCUGUUUCUGAAGUAUAUGUCUCAUAGUAUGUAGAACCUGGUGACCAAGGGAGAAGAGGGACCAGUGGGAGUCCCACAAUAGAUUGAGUCUUGGGAUUAUCUCUUCCAAAUACUUCCAUGUUAGAAUCACUUCAGAAAAUAAGACUUUGAUGUUUUGUCUCUGAACAUCACUUUUGUCCUCAUAAAAACACUUCCUUAUUGUAUGUAGCCUGCCUCCUACAGAGGCCUGGCAGGAGUUACUACAUUCUAAAAGAAAAAUAUCUUUGUAGGAACGACUUUCAGGCUUGAUGUUAAAUAUCAGGGAUCCUAGGCAGAAACUGUUAGUCCUGGCCUUCAUAUCUUCACCAAAUGAAAAUACUGUAUAUAAAAUCUCACCACCAAAUUUAACUAAAUUCUUUUUCUCAAGUCAAGCCUCCCAAAGAAAAAAGAAAUUAACUUCCUACAGUGUCAGCAAGCAAUUUUCCAUUUAGUUUUGGUACAAAUAAAAGUCAUUUGAAACAA